CUGCUGUACGUCGAGCUUCAAGUCAAGAGGCUGCAACAUCAACCGCCUCGUCAACUCGAUCACUCGCUCUACACGUAUAAAGCCAAGUUGCACAAACGCGCCAACUGCGCAGACAGGCCUGCGGAGAGCGCACCACAUUGACUCGAACGAGGGUGCUCAAAUCUUUUGCCAAAAUGUCAGCGGAACAAGACGUCAAAGGCGUACCGAAGAUCGGAUCCGCUCCCACAUCUGCUGGAGAAAGGUUCUCGUCUGGUGGAAUGGAUUUGAUCAACAGCCCAGAAGGGCUUGCGUCUAGGGUGGAAUCUCCAAACACGUCCGGAAGUGCUUCUCCUGUCUCGCAAGAUGUGGAGAAGCAAAGUCACGCAUUCAACGAGCAGACCAACUAUCUCCCGCCUAGAAAGUUGAUUCCCAUCUUCUUGGCGUUGGCAGGGAUCGACUUUGUGGCUUUGAUGGAUCAGACGACACUGAGCGUUGCGCUACCAAUCAUAGCUUCCGACUUCAACGCGGGUGCUCAAUCCUCUUUCGUGAGCUCCGCAUAUUUCAUCAGCAGCACGGCUUGUCAGCUCUUGUACGGCAGAGUAAGCGACAUAACGGGUAGAAAGGCGCUCUUGAUGGCUGGUCUUGCCGUCUUCUUCCUCGGAUCCUUGGCAUCUAGUCUGGCCCCCGAUAUCAUCACACUCAGCGUGUUCAGAGCCAUAACAGGUGUGGGCGGAGGCGGAUUGAUGACCCUGGCACAGAUCAUCGUGUCAGACGUCGUGUCUUUGAGGCAACGCGGCAAAUAUCAGGGCAUUCUUGGAGCAGUCGUCGCAUUGUCCAACGGAGUUGGUCCAGUGAUAGGAGGAGCGCUAGCCUCCAACUCGUCAUGGCGAAACAUCUUCAGGCUGAUGCUCCCCUGCUCCUUCGUGGGUGCAGUCGCAGCGUGGGUCUGGAUGCCUUUGAAACCAGUGACGGGAAAUUGGCGCAAGAAAUUUGUGGCCAUAGACUGGCUCGGAGCGCUUCUGAGUCUCGCAGCCGCGACUUUGGUGGUGCUCGGUCUGACUUGGGCAAGCGAUUACGAUUGGGUCAGCGUGCACGUGCUCGUGCCCCUUCUGAUCGGUGUCGCAACAGCAUUCGUCUUUUGUCUCUGGCAGUACUGGGGCGACAAACCUUCGAGACCAGCCUUGAUGCCCAUGCAAAUAUUCAAAUCUGGCAUCGUUUGCGGAGCUUGCAUCACUCAAACCAUCAACGGUUGGCUCUUUGUAACCCAAGUCUACUUCAUUCCGCAGUUCUACCAACUUGCUUACGGCUACACACCAACGGUCGCCGGCGCUUUGAUCCUGCCUUUGACGGUCGUCCAGACCGUAGCUUCGACGCUUUCUGGAUUACUGAUCACCUGGACAGGGCGCUAUCGAGAGAUCUUGCUGCUGGGUUGGGCGAUGUGGUCGAUCGGGCUGGGUCUAUUCAGCACGCUGGACGAGUCUUCCAAUCUAGGCAAACAAAUCGGCUUUGGACUCUUGGCAGGUGUAGGAGUGGGAGCAACGCUUCAACCGAGCCUGAUCGCCAUUCAAGGUGCCGUUGACCGAAAACAAAUGGCUGCUGUGACUGCCACGAGAAUGUUUGUGCGGAAUUUGGGAGGCGCUCUAGGUCUUGCGCUGGCUGGAACCAUCGUCAACAACAGCGCUUCAUCCUUCUUAUCACCUUUGCCCGGUUGGGACGAUGAACGAAUCCGACAAGCGCUCAACAACCCUUCCACUUUUCUCAACGAUGGCACCAAAGCCUCAUCUGGCGCUGCUGCUCAAGCUCUCAACAGCAACGACAUUGCAGCCCUUAGACGAGGUUAUCGAAAAGGUUUCAGAAACGUCUUUAUCCUCCUCGCAAGUCUGGGCGCUUUCAGCUUCUUCGUCGCCUUGUUCUUGAUGAAGCAAAAGACGAUUGAUAGGGAGGACGAUGCCGCACUGCGAGAACAGGCCGAGCAAUCGUUGGAGAAGAAACGGGCAUGCAGUCAAACGACACGCCAUGCGCCGUCUACAGAUCAAGCGAGCGAGGCGCGAGGGCAACCGGGCAGCAAAAAUGCUUCUGCUCAUCAAGAAGGACCAACUCCGAACCGCACAGACCAGUCUCGACGCCCUUCUUCUGUCACGGUCUACACGACUAGACCAUCUUUAGAAGGUGGAGUUCCCAAAUGAGCCGCAUACUCGCCCAUCCGUCCCGCAUACGCAGUCAGUCCCAUCCCCUCGCCACAAAGAGCCUGCACUACUGCCAAACGAUAUCUGUACAGCUCUGAUGCACGAAUCUCUUUUGACGCAAGAGAUGUCAAUUUCAAAACCCCCAUGUACGGCCGCAUAUUGACACCAUCUGGAUUUGCGCGUGGGAGAAAACAGCGAGGGAGCGUGCUGCUCAAAGAGCCUUGUGAUGUUUUCUAUCGUUUCCCUUGCCUGCUUGCGCCAGAAUAUUUGUUCACGUCCGUCAAAAGCGAGCGACUGUACAAGGCACCCUACGAGGCCUUCUCCUUGACCGCAUCUUUGAGCUCCUCUACCUUGUGAGCUGCAUUCUCCGCCGCUGGUGCAAUGUACGCCUUCAGGCUGUCCGCGAAGCUGACCAUGCAGACCGUCUGCCAAAUGCCUGCAAGUAGUCAGGCAGUAGAGUGGGCAGCGCAUGAAUGAUCAGAGCUGGUGAUAGGCUC